GACAUAUUUCAGUCUGAUGAAUAUAUUUCUCUUUGUUAGGCUUACAUUUGCUGAAACAGACUUCAUUGCCCUAUGUGAUGCUUUACGAGUAACGGACAGUGUGAGAGUAACUGCUUGGAAGACUUGUGGAAAAGUGUCUACAGAUGGAUUUGAAGUUGGCCAUAUUACUAAAGAAUUGUGGGGGAUCUGCAUUUUUACAGCAGCAAUUGACUUGGAUGAGAUGACUUUCACUUUUACAGAGCUUCUGAAAUGUCUAAAUAUUAGUGUAUGCAAAUUUUUGCACUUGAUUAAAGAAAUGGAUGCCAACAUGGACACCAUUAGUACUAAAGUGGAUAGUACUAUAUCACGCCUGAAGAAAAAAUAUGAUGUACUUUUCGCACUAUACCAGAGGUUUGAAAGGACUUGUGGACUUAUCUAUGUUGACCACCCUACUGAUCAAACAUGUGCUGAGCUGAGUCCUUCAUUGGUUCUAAAACUAUGCUGGAUCAUGUUUCUUUUGGCAAAAGGAAAAAUAUUGCAGAUGGAAGACGAUUUGGUUAUCUCCUUCCAGUUACUACUUUGUGUUCUUGAUUAUUUUAUCAACCUCCUGCCUCCUGCACUACUUAAAGAACCAUACAGAUCUCUGAGUACAAUUUCUAGUAAUGGCUCAACUCGAAAUUGGAGGCGAGGUCAGAAAAGGAGUACACGUACAUCAAAACCAGAUACAGAUAUAAAGGUCAUUGCAGAACUUUGUAAAGAACAUGGUUGUAAUUUGGAUGAGGUGAAAAAUGUUUACUUCGCUAGUUUUAUUCCAUUCCUGAAUUCUAUGGGUAUUACAGCUUUCAGUGGACUUCCAGAGGUUGAGAAUAUGUCAAGCAAAUAUGAAGAAAUGUAUCUGAAAAACAAGGAUAUUGAUGCCAGAUUAUUUCUGGAGAAAGAUGGGCCUUUACAAUAUGAUCAUACACAAUGUUUACAGUUAGAGAGAACGCCAACAAAAAACUCUGGUGAAGACCUUCCUGUUGUACUUCCACAGACCCCAGUUCGGGCUGCGAUGAAUACUAUUCAGCAAUUAAUGAUGGUUUUAAAUUCUGCAAGUGAUAAACCGUCAGACAACCUUACUAACUACUUUAAUAACUGCACAGUGAAUCCUAUGCAAGAUAUAUUGGAAAGAGUAGAAAAUCUGGGUUGUGUCUUCAAAGAGAAGUUUGCUGAAGCAGUUGGACAAGGAUGUGCUGAAAUUGGAUCACAGAGAUACAGGCUUGGGACACGGUUAUACUACAGAGUGAUGGAAUCCAUUUUAAAGUCGGAAGAAAAACGGCUGUCAGUUCAUAAUUUUAGCAAACUUUUGAAUAACAAAAUCUUCCACACAUCUCUGCUGGCCUGUGCUCUUGAGGUUGUCAUAGCUACAUAUGGUAAUUCAAGGAAUGCUUCACAAAGUGAUACAAUGAAUAUGGAAACAGACUUGUCUUUCCCGUGGAUCAUCAACAUACUUCACUUAAAGGCUUUUCACUUAUACAAGGUCAUUGAAAGCUUCAUUAAAGCAGAACCAAGCCUGACAAGAGAAAUGAUAAAAGACCUAGAAUGCUGUGAACACCAAAUUAUGGGAUCCCUUGCAUGGCAAUCAGAUUCACCAUUAUUUGAGCUUAUAAAACAGUCAAAGGAACGAGAUGGGCAGACUGAUGAACCUGAGUCUACCAAUUACUUUACCCAGCCUCUUCAGCAUAACCACACUGCUGCAGACCUAUAUCUCUCUCCCACAAAAUCUCCUAAGGAAAAAGUUUCUUCCACUUUAGUAUGUUCAUUUCCAGAUUUUCAGUCUCCAUCAGUAAAUCAGUUUCAAAGACUGUACAAAUCUACCUCCCUGUCAUUGUUCUACAAAAAAGUGUAUAGGUUGGCUUAUAUGCGACUGAAUGAUUUAUGUUUACAUCUUCUGUCUGACCAUCCUGAACUCAAACAUUUAAUCUGGACACUUUUUCAUCACACAUUGCAAAAUGAAUAUGAACUUAUGAAAGACAGGCACUUAGACCAGAUUAUGAUGUGUUCCAUGUAUGCCAUAUGUAAGGUGAAGAACAUUGAUCUCAGAUUUAAAACUAUUGUGACAGCAUAUAAGGAACUCACUAAUGCAAAUCAAGAGACUUUCAAGUGUGUUUUGAUCAGGGAAGGACAAUAUGAUUCCAUUAUAGUCUUCUACAACUUGGUUUUCAUGCAGAGACUAAAAACGAUUAUUUUGCAAUAUGCUUCCAAUAGGCCUCCAACAUUAUCACCCAUACCACAGAUACCUCAGAGCCCUUACAAGUUUUCUAAUUCUCCUUUACGUGUUCCUGCGAGAAAUAAUAUUUAUAUCUCACCUUUGAAGAGUCCCUACAAAUUCUCUGAAGUGUUGUUAUCACCCACCAAAAUGACACCAAGAACAAGAAUAUUGGUAUCAAUUGGUGAAUCCUUUGGGAUUUCUGAAAAGUUUCAGAAGAUAAACCAGAUGGUGUGCAGCAGUGAUCAUCAUCUGAAACGUGGUGCUGAAGUAGGCACAGCUCCCAAACCUCUGAAGAGACUACGCUUUGAUAUAGAAGGACAAGAUGAAAUCGAUGGAAGGGAGCACCUCUCUGGAGAAUCCAAGUUCCAACAAAAACUUGCAGAAAUGACAUCUACUCGAACCAGGAUACAAAACCAAAAACUGAACGAUGGUGCUGACGCUUCAACCACGGAACAAAAGUGAACUUCAGUUCAGAUGCCAUUAUGUGCACUAUGUGCUUUCUUGAUCUCUACUUUGUCUUUGGCACCCACAAUUUAGCUAAUUUGGACCAUAUGUUUUCAAUGUUAUAUGCUGCCAUGUAAUAUGCAAUAUUAGCCACGUAAAUGUUAAUUUAAAUAAAAAAUUCCUUCCUUCCCAAUGUGCUAGUGGAGACCAUUCUACCAUUGUCUAGGACAGCCUUCC